AUGUCUGCUCUUCGUGUGGCCGCGCGCCGUCUUCCUCGCAGAACCCAGGUCCCUUCCAUUGCGCCUAUCCAGCGACGAUUUGCGGCAACCAAUGCCCAGAAUGUGAAGGUCCAGAAGGAGGCUGCUGUGCCUAACCCUGAUCCCUCCCCCGACUCCGUCACAAUGUCAUUCAUUAACGAGCGAGCUCCCUUCAUGGUGCCUACUUACGUUCGCCCCGCUCCUAUGAUGAUGAAGGGCCAGGGCUGCUAUCUGUGGGAUAUGGAGAACCGUCGGUACCUGGAUUUGACUGCGGGCAUCGCGGUUAACUCGCUUGGUCACUGUGACCCGGAGAUCUCUCAGAUCAUUGCGGAGCAGGCUGAGACCCUCAUCCAUGCCUCCAACCUGUACCACAAUCCUUGGACUGGUGCUCUGAGUCAGAUGCUGAUCAACCUGACCCGUGAGUCCGGUGCCAUGCGUGAUGCCUCGCAGGUUUUCAUUUCGAAUUCCGGAACCGAGGCCAACGAGGCCGCUAUCAAGUUUGCCCGUAAGACCGGUCGUGCCUUGGACCCCUCCGGUGCUAAGCACGAGUUCGUUUCGUUCCACAACUCCUUCCACGGCCGCACAAUGGGUGCUCUGUCCGCCACUCCCAACCCCAAGUACCAGACUCCCUUCUCCCCCAUGCUCCCGGGCUUCAAGUACGGCAACUACAACGAUAUUGAGCAGCUGCAGACUCUCAUCGACGACAAGACCUGUGGUGUGAUUGUUGAGCCCAUUCAGGGCGAGGGUGGUGUCAACAUGGCUACUCCAGAGUUCCUGGUCGCUCUGCGCAAGCGUUGCGACGAGGUUGGCGCAGUCCUGAUCUUCGAUGAAAUCCAAUGCGGUCUCUCCCGUACUGGAAGCCUCUGGGCUCACGGUCACCCUUCGUUGACCCCGGCCUCGGGUGAAGCCGCCCACCCCGAUAUCCUGACCUCGGCCAAGGCCUUGGGUAACGGUAUCCCGAUCGGUGCGACCAUCGUUUCCGGCAAGACUGUUGCCGCUAACAUUAAGACUGGUGACCACGGCACUACUUUCGGUGGAAACCCUCUGGCUUGCCGUGUCGCUUACCACAUUGUCGCCCGUCUGGCUGAUCCCGAGCUCCAAGCUUCCGUCCAGAAGAAGUCUGAGGUCUUUGUUGCCGGCUUCCAGGCUCUUCAGAAGAAGUACCCUGAGGCUAUCGCUGAGAUCCGUGGUCGUGGUCUGAUCCUGGGUCUGCAGCUGGCUCCCUCUAUCGCCUCCAAGGCUGGUGAUAUUAUCACCGCUGCCCGUGAGCGUGGUAUGCUCAUCAUCACUGCUGGUGAUGGCUGUCUCCGCUUUGUUCCUGCUUUGACCAUCACUGAGGACCAAAUCCAGAGUGGUCUCAACAUCCUGGAGCAGUCACUGGAAUCUGUGAUUAAGUCCUAA